UUUUCGUUCUUCGUAAGGGUUUUAGUACGCACAUCACCACGAACAUCGCAUAUUUCGUUCUUCAACCAAUAUAUUCAUUGCUUCACUACGAUCUCAUCUUCAUACAUAUAUUCGUUCUUUCAUCGAUUUUGUGAUCAGUUUGAAAUGGAGAAGCUGAUGAACAUUCUGAAACCGAAGCCAAAUCCGCAGCAAAUAUUGAGAGAUUGGCAACGUAAGGUUCUUCAAGAGUCUCGAAACAUUGAUCGCCAAAUUCUCGAUAUUCAGAGAGAAGAAACAAAAGUUCAGAAGGCUAUUAAAGAAGCUGCAAAGAGGAAUGAUAUUGGCUCUGCAAAGGCACUCGCUACUGAACUUGUGAGAUCCAGGAAAACAGUGAGCCGUCUUCAUGAAAAUAAGGCGCAAUUGAAUUCAAUAACAAUCCACCUUAAAGAAAGUGUUGCAAUUUCUCGUAUUGUAGGACAUCUAUCAAAGAGUGCCGAGGUUAUGAAGCUUGUUAAUAACCUCAUGAAGACUCCUCAAAUGGCUGUGGCUAUGCAAGAGUUCAGCAAAGAAAUGAUAAAGGCAGGAGUUAUUGAGGAGAUAGUAAACGACGCCGUCGACUCGGCAUUAGAUUCCGAGGACAUAGAAGAUGAGAUAGAAGAAGAAGUUGAUAAAGUCUUAACUGCAAUAGCUGGUGAGACAGCCGCACAACUUCCUGAAGCUGUGAGGAAACAAAAGGUGAAGCAACCUGCUCAAAGUGUUGGAGCCGCGGAUGAGGAACAGGCUAUAGCUGAGGGUGUCGAUGAUGAGGAGGAAAUGGAAGAAAUAAGGGUCAGACUUGCUAAAGUCAGGUCCUAAACGAGUUUCUAAAAUGGUCAGACCAGAUUUUAAAAACCUAUGACAGUGAGACAUUACCAAUGCCAACUUAGUUCAUCUAUGUAAAUUACACGAAAUUCUUGAAAGUGUGCCAAGCUUCAGAUUUUUCAAGUUUUAUCCAUGGUUGAGAAUAUAUUUUAAUGAAAUUUUAGGCAAUAUUGAGAUUCAGCUUAUAAGGGACUUAAUAGAUCGAGUCCUCAUCUUAGAAGUGCUAUUUUUAUUAUUA